AUGGAGGAUGAUUGUGCACAAGUCGAUCUGGGGUUAGCUGUCGAUGUGGAAAAUAAUCUCGAAGAGCCGGUGGCUCAACGCCAACCCAAGAAACGUUUCGUGGGAAGAAAGCAAGCUGCAGAAGCUGCUGCACGCAAUGGCAGUAAUACAACUCCUGGGGACAGUGAUGCCAUUCAAGUUGCGACUCCUAGAAGAAUUCGAACAUUAAAUCAAGUUCCUCCCGAGAUUUUGAAUGAUCCCGAUAUCAAUGCUGCCAUCGCUCUCCUUCCACCAAACUAUUCUUUCGAAAUCCACAAAACUAUACAUAGAAUUAGGAUGAACGGAUCAAAGAAAGUUGCGCUGCAGAUGCCAGAAGGUCUACUCUUAUUCGCAACCACAAUUUCGGAUAUUCUCACACAAUUCUGUCCUGGAAUCGAGACGCUUAUAAUGGGAGAUGUCACAUAUGGAGCUUGUUGCAUUGAUGAUUAUACCGCUCGAGCUUUAGGGUGUGACCUGCUGGUACAUUACGCGCAUUCGUGCUUGAUCCCCGUGGAUGUUACAAAGAUCAAAACUCUCUACGUUUUCGUCGAUAUCAGCAUAGAUACGGCACAUUUACUUGCAACUCUGGAGAAGAAUUUUGCUUCAGGGAAGACCAUUGCCAUGGUAGGAACCAUUCAAUUCAAUGCGACAUUACAUGGAGUUCGAACACCGCUCGAAAAAGCUGGUUUCAAUGUUCUCAUUCCGCAAAUAUCCCCUCUUAGCAAAGGCGAAAUCCUUGGAUGCACAUCGCCUCAACUGUCAACUGAUGGAGUCGAUAUUAUUCUUUACCUUGGUGAUGGACGUUUCCACCUUGAGAGUGCAAUGAUCCACAAUCCGACGAUACCAGCCUACCGAUACGAUCCCUAUUCUCGAAAACUCACUCGUGAGAGUUAUGACCACAAGGAAAUGCAUACCCUGAGAAGAGAUGCGAUUGAAACCGCCAAACCCGCAAAGAAGUGGGGACUCAUCUUAGGAUCUCUUGGUCGUCAGGGAAAUCCACACACCAUGACAAUGAUUGAGAGAAAACUAGAAGAGCGAGGAAUCCCAUACAUCAACUUACUUUUGAGCGAGAUCUUCCCAGGAAAACUAGCUAUGAUGAGCGAUGUCGAGUGUUGGGUGCAAGUAGCAUGUCCAAGACUCAGUAUUGAUUGGGGAUAUGCUUUCCCUAGGCCUCUGCUUACGCCAUACGAAGCUUUGAUUGUAUUGGGCCAAAAAGAAGAUUGGGCAAAGAGCAACAAUGAUGUCUAUCCUAUGGAUUACUAUGGAAAGGAAGGUCUUGGCAGAACCAAGCCUAUCUCAAGUAUUCCAGUUGUUGGUUGA